CAUUGAUUGCAGAGCAGACUCAGCGUUGGAUCAUUCCUGCUGAAGACAGCUGCAGAGCCACUGUUCCCCACCGUUCCAUCACGUGGUCAUCAGUUGCUGUCUCCUCCAAUCAAGUUUCUCCAGUGGUGCCUGUACCAUCCCUUUCUGAAUCCAGUGUCUGACCUGUGGAGACAGCAGCGGGAAGAUGCACUGUAAGACGCAGCGAAGCGAGUACAUGAAGCGCUUCAAAGACCCACACUGGGAGGCGUACAGGAACUGCUAUGAGGAGAUGCUGAAGUACCGGCUGAGCAGGAGGCUGCUGGAGCACGCGCACAACCCCUGGCUGUGGGACGGCUGGGAUGGCAGCUCAGGUUCCAGCAGUGGCCGCUCCACACCACCGCCAAAGCCGUGUGAGCCUGUGUCUGCAGCUCCCAAACUACAGGAACCACCUACCCAACAGGAAGAGGGCACAGAUGCCAGGCCCAGUGGACUCAGCAACCAGGCCAUGCCAGGUGAAGGGCAAGCAGGGAAUAGCCAGGAUGGUGAAAAAAAUACAGAAUCCAAUGAAAAAUCAGCAAGUCUCCAAGCACAUCAUAGCCACCGUUUCUCGUCCAAACAGAAUGCUCGAAAGUUAGUGUCAAGUUCUCAGAAGAUGAGCUUGACAAAAGAAAGCCGGCACCCAUUUGCCCUCUAUGCUUCUGGUGAGAGAGAAAAAGACACAGGGAGUCAGAAAACCCACAAUGUGUGUGCCCCAGCCCAGGAAAAUGAGAUCCAUGAAUCUGCAUUGAGAGCAAAGAACAGGAGGCAGAAAGAGAAGAGAAAGCAAAUGCUGCAGAAACAAAGAGCCCGUUCUGCUGAUGUCGAAAGAGUUCUGAGGAGAAAACCUUCCCCUGUAGAUAGUCCAUGGAUGACUGAAUACAUGAGAUGCUAUUCAGCCAGAGCUCGCUAGUGCUACUGUUGUCUCCACAUGGACUGAUUCAUCAGCGACUUCAUCCACUGCAAAUCAGACAGGUUCACUUCAGUGGUUCAUAAAUAUUGUCAGAAAGUGUCUGCUGACGAGCACUAUAUGUUUCCAGGUCACAGCAAUACUGAACCAAACUAAAGCCGUAUUUUUCCAAGAUUUUUAUACAGUACACUUCAGGUGUUACAUAUAAUAUAUUUUUCUUCAGUUUUCUUGUUUGCAAUGUACAAAUGUUUCUAAUUGUGAUUUCUAUCAAGGUGACCGCUGUACUGAAAUGUAAUAGCAGGACCCAUGUUCUGGAUGGAGAAGUUGAGUUGUUUGGUGUUUCAUUCUCUUGCAUUAUAAUUGGAUUUCCAAUGAAGAAGAAAAAACCUUUACUAGAUAGUUACCAACAAUAAGCACCAAACAUGAAUGUUUACGGUAUGGGGACACCUUGCAGUCGCCAGCGCCUGAACAAUUACCUGAAUUUGAAAUAUGGUUGUUCUUACAUACAGGUGAAACUUGAAAAAUUUGAAUAUCGUGCAAAAGUUCAUUUACAGUAUUUCAGUAAUGCAACUUAAAGGAAUUGCAUUAAUGCAACUUAAAAUUAGAAU